CCUCCUCCUCCUCCUCCUCCUCCCCCUCUCCUUCGGCCUCCUUCGGCCUCCGGCGUCGUGCCCGGCGGGCGCCGACCGCGCGGGCGCGGCGGCGGUGGCCAACGGCCCCGGCCGCGCCGCCCCUGCCGUCGGAUCGCCGCGGGGCGGCGCCGCGGGCGAGGGCGAGGGCCGCUGCGGCCGCAGGGUGGACGAGGAGCUGGAGGAGGCGCUCGAGGAGCCGUGGUGGGCCGCCGCCCUGCGGAGCGCGCGGGAGCGCGUCGGCGCCAGGGCGGCCGCGAGCCAGCCCGCCCUCGCCGAGGGCGAGGGGGAGGACGCGCCGCCCCUGGAGGCGAUGUUGGAGCAGCUGGACCGGCAGGGCGGAGGAAGACCAGCCGCAGGGGUUCCACGCCCUGGCGGGCCCGCCCGCGGGCGGCGGCGCCUCGUCGUCCGACGAGGAGGAGGCCGAGGAGCGCUGGCCGCGCAGCCUGGAGGCCUUCGCGGCCAGGAUGGCCGGAGCUGGCGGCGGGCGCCAUGCGGCGAGCCCGUCGCGCGGCGGCUGGGGCGCCCUGGGGGCCGGGCGGGCUGCUGGCGGCGGCGGGCGAGGAGGGCGCCCCCAGCGUGGAGGAGAGCGCGGCCUCUUGGCGGGCGCCCC